ACCACAAACCUUUGUCCAAGCCUAUUGUUAAAGAUCACGACACAACUUCUACCUAUUUUUAAUUAUGUAACUAUGAAGUCCCUGAGGUAGCUAUGUUAGAGCUUAUAAACAGAGCAGAGGAUAUCAGGGAAACCAGACAGAGUAUCCUAAGAAGGGAUAUUCACUGAAGAUUUCUUGAUUCAAGUCAACUGAUAUUCCAUCAAUAUGACCAAGAUGCGUAUUGCUUUGGUCAUCUUGUUUGUGGCUUGUAUCAUAGCCAUCCAAGCACGACGUGGCACAAAGGGACGAGGGAAGAAACAAGAGAGUCAUUCAGAAGGUCAUUCUGUAGGUCAAUCGGGAGGUCAGUCAAUUGGUCACUCAGGAGGUCACUCCUCAGGAGGUCAGUCAGAAGGCCCAAAAGGUCGUGCAGGAGGUCAGUCAAAGGGUCGCCCAGGUCGUCCUGAGGGUCGUCCAGGGGGUCGUCCAGGAGAUCGCUCAGGAGGUGACUCCUCAGGAGGUCAGUCAAAGGGUCGCCCAGGUCGUCCAGGGGGUCGUCCAGGAGGUCGUCCAGGGGGUCGUCCAGGAGGUCGCCCAGGAGGUCGCCCAGGGGGUCGUCCAGGAGGUCGUCCAGGGGGCCGUCCAGGAGGUCGUCAAGGCAAAGAUUAAAAUGGUCCACAAUGCCAUUGGACAUUUUACAAUCUGUGAUGUUUUUUUAAUAUCAUGGUUGUUAUGACUACAAAAUUGUUUAUCUUAGUCAUUGUGGAUGUGUCAAUACUUAAAUAAACAAACUUGAAGUGUUUAAUAACAAAUAAAA